AUGGCAGGAGAGACACCCUCUUCAGACUGUUCUCCUGUCAUCGACCACAGCCACGUCCCGGAGUUUGAGGUGGCUCUGUGGGUCAAGAUCACCUUGGCCCUGAUCUACAUCUGCAUCUUCAUCGCGGGCCUCUUGGGCAACAGUGUCACCAUCAAAGUCACCAGGAUCCUGCAGAAGAAAGGCUACCUGCAGAAGGAGGUCACCGACCACAUGGUGAGCCUGGCCUGCUCUGACCUGCUGGUCAUCCUGCUGGGCAUGCCCGUGGAGUUCUUCAGCGCCAUCUGGAGCCCCUUCUCCACCCCCAAUGGCAACAUUGCCUGCAAGCUGUACUACUUCCUCUUCGAGGCCUGCAGCUACGCCACGGUGCUGCACGUGGCCACGCUCAGCUUCGAGCGGUACGUGGCCAUCUGCCACCCCUUCAGGUUCAAGGCCGUGUCCGGGCCCCGCACGGUGAAGCUGCUCAUUGCCUUCGUCUGGGGGACAUCUGUCAUUGUGGCUCUGCCCCUGCUCUUUGCCAUGGGCACGGAAUAUCCCCUGGAGACCAUCGAGGGCUACCAGAGAACGAGCUCCUGUGUCAAGCCCACUCCCAGGCACUACAUCCCUGAGCUGAAGCACAACAUGACCAUCUGCACCUGCCUCUCCUCCAGGUGGUCUCUGUUCCAGGCCAGCAUCUUCAGCGCCUUCGCUGUGUACAUCGUCGUGCUGGGCUCUGUCACCUUCAUGUGCCACAGCAUGAUGAAAGCCCUGAUGAUCCACAAGAAGGGCACUGUGGCAGUGAAGGGUGGAGUGAAGCACCAGGAGCAGCACCUGAGGAAAAGUGAGAGUUCAGAGGGCAAGAGCUCCAGGAAACAGAUCACUUUAUUCCUGGGCCUGUAACCCUGAAAUUAUGUUUGAUCCUGAUCUCUCUCGCCACAUUCAUCAGACAAAAAACUAAUGGAGCUGUCAUUCCACCAGCUUGGAAUCUUU